UCACUUUAUAUAAACGGAAUUAACUUUAAAAAUCAAUCAUAUAAAGUAAGUUUAAGUAUUAAUAUAAAAAACAAAACAAAAACAAUAUAAAUGAUUGUUUUAAUUAUAAACAAAUCAUGUACUUGAUUACAUAUUAUUAAGUAAAAAAAAAAUAGAGAUAAAUAGAGAUAAGAGAUAAUAGCUGUAUUAGAGUUGCACGUGAUGCAUUUUCGUUUUACAGUUAUAUUACAUUGUACGGUAUAAUACUCAAGUUGAAGUUUUUCGAAAACUUGCUAAUUAUUUCUACAACCCGAACAAACUGAGACCGUUACAUUAGUCUUACAGAAUACGAAGAGGCCAGAUAUUCUUUUCAAGAUGUUCAGUAUAACGUUAACUGUAGUAUUAUUUGUUAUAUUAUCUUUUGUAAAUGGUCAAUUUGUUAAUAACAAUAACACAAAAACGAAUAAUGAAAGUUUGGAUAACGUGUCAAAUAGUUCUUACGUGAUGCGACAGAAAAAAUUUUUUCCAUUCUUCAGUGUCAUACGAUUUGCUAAUUCUCAAUGUCUAGCAAGUAAUUCUCUCAAUGGCACAUGUUUUACACGACGAGAAUGUAAUAGUUAUGGUGGUACACCAUCCGGUACAUGUGCAAAUGGUCUUGGUAUUUGUUGCAUCUUUCAAAAGUCAUGUGGAUCUACCACGAAUAUAAAUAACACAUAUUUCAUUAAUCCAGGAUAUCCUACCACUUAUAAAGGAGGAGAACGAUGUACAAUAACAAUAAAUAAAUGUAACUCUGAUAUAUGUCAGAUACGUUUAGAUUUUAUAGAUUUUAGUUUGGCUCAACCUAAUGAAAAUGGAACUUGUGAUUUUGAUUUGUUUUUGGUAUCCGGAGCAUCAUCGUCAGUACCACGUAUAUGUGGAGAAAAUUCUAAUCAGCAUGUGUAUGCAGAUUUUAAUGGAGCAUCACCAAUAACCAUUUCUAUAGGAACUAAUGGAGAUUAUCCAUUUGAUCGUCGUUGGAAUAUAAGAAUACAACAAAUAGCGUGUGAUUCUUUAUGGAGAGUUCCCAAUGGAUGUUUACAAUAUUACAAAUCAAUAUCAGACACUGUAACAAGUUUCAAUUACGGUACAACUGUAAAUUCAAGACAACCCGAUGUAGCUACUAGAGAAAUGGUUAAUUUAAAUUAUGGUGUUUGCGUUAGAAUGGCAUUGGGUUAUUGUAGCAUUGAAUGGUCGCAAAGUAAUAUGUAUUCAUUUUCUAUUUCUGGAGUCACAGGUGGUUUUUUGGAUCCAACUUUACCAGGUACUUCUGCAGUUGCGGAUUCUGGAUUAGACUGUAUUCAUGAUUUUGUUAUUGUACCAAAUCCAAGUGAAAAUGGUAUUCCACUUAAUACAGAACGUUUCUGUGGAAAUGCAUUUAUAACCAAAACAUCUUCUUUAAAACCAUUCGUACUUUAUGUCGUUACAAAUGACAAUGACGUGAAUGACACACAGAAUAAGGGCUUUCAAUUAAGGUACCGUCAAUUACCGUGUGCUGUGUAAACAAAUAAAUAUUAUAUAAAUAUAAACAGAUUUAAUUACAAUAUAUAUUAUUUAAAACUGUUGAAAUAAUUG